AUGGGUGGUAAUGUGAGAAAUACACAGCGCUUAAUAGAGUUUGGAGCUGAUGUUUCUAAGACAAGCUUUAAGAAUGAAACGGCGAUGCAUCUGGCGGCAAAGAAUGGACACACAGAUGUAAUAAAACUUCUGCUUGAGUAUAAUGUUAAUGCAAACGCCUUCGAUCGGGAGCUUCGAACUCCGCUUAUGUUAGCAGCACGAGGGGGUAACUUAGAAGCCACUCGCUUACUUAUUGAUAAUGGAGCAGAUGUAGAUGCUUGCGAUGAGGACAGUUGUAACGCUCUAGAUUAUGCUGCUAAAGAAAACCACGCGAAUGUAGUGCAGUUUCUUAUCUCAAAAGGAGGCCCAAGGAUGGAUGUAAUAACAAACAAAGCUCUGACUAUGGCGUCUAGUCUCGAAUUGAUUAAGUUUCUUGUUGACGGCGGAGCCGACGUAGACUUAAGGCACUUAAGUGGUGAUACACUGUGCAUAAUGCUGUCGCAAAGGGCCAUUGUGGGACAAUCGGUUACCUUUUAGAUCACGGUGCAAACGUUUACGCAGAAAUUGGGAUGACUAAAGGUGAUGCACCAAUUUGGUCUGCUUUGACUUGUGGCCAAGCUGAGGCUGCAAGAAUUUUAUUUCAAAGAGGGUCCAAUCCAGAUUUACUUGUCCCCUCUUACCUGUUUAUAGCUGCUGAAUAAGGCUUUGUAGAUGUUUUGACUCUCCUUCUCGACCUGGAUUGGCCUGUAGAUGCCCUGACGCACACCGCAGAGAAACAGCUCUGUUUUCAGCUCAGGGAAGGUGCCAGGGAAGGUAACUUUCAAGCUGUCAAAGUUCUUUUGGACCGAGGUGCUGACGUUGAUGGUCAUGUUUGUAGCGAGAACGAUGAUGAUGACACUUACAACCACGAGAGGGAAGAAAACAACUAUGAUGACUAUGGUAGCAACAGUGAUUAUGAUUCUGACUCAUAUUGCACACCCGGCCAUUCAAUAACUCCCCUGUACUGCACCUUAAAGACAGGAAAUGGAGAAAUUGCUAUGCUUCUGAUAGACAGAGGAGCAGAUACUACCACCCCGGAGGGUGUGUUAAGGUCACUUGUAUCAUACGCUGUCAAGCACAAUCUUAAAGACAUUGUUGACAAACUUGGCGGAAUCGAUCUCUCUGAUGAUGGAAAUGUUAUUCACGAGAUCAAAGGAGACGAUACCUUACUGAAAUCAAAAGCUCUAAUCGGGGACGUUGACUCUAUGCGUGCUAUUUUAAAAACGGGUGUGGAAGUUAAUUUUAAGGACAUGAAUGGGGACACUGUCCUUGCUUGUGUUCUUGAUAAUAGAUAA